CUUCGUGUGGCACGGGCCUUUCCUGCAUAGUAUCCUGCUCACGAUUUGCUCUGGGGUUUUGUGAAUUUGCGAUUUUUUAUUGUAAAAUCCGAUCCAGCGAUGGAAUCCAACUUGAACAAAGUGUUAAAUAUGAAUCGACAACAACUCAGCGGACAGCUUUACAAGUAUACGAAUGUCGUGAAAGGCUGGCAGUAUCGCUGGUUUAGCGUAGAUGCACAAGAAGGUUUGCUGAGCUACUAUCUUUGUGAACCAACUGGGGACGAAUCGAUUCCGCAACCGGUAGGCAACGCCCCACGGGGACAAGUGCACCUUGCCGGAGCCGUGAUUUGCCCCAGCGAUGAAGAUUCCAAGACAUUCACGGUCAACUGCGCUUCCGGCGAUAUGAUGAAACUGCGUGCCGGUGAUGCUCGUGCCCGGCAGGAAUGGGUCGAUGGAUUGCGUGCCGUUGUUGAAAGCCAUUCCAAUUCAACUGGCACCGCUUUACCGCCUCGGGAACAGCUUGCCGCACAUGACGCAUUCGGCGCGGCUCGUCAACAGCUGCAACAGACGGAACUAAGCAAUGCAGCGCUGGCACGAGCCAUCGAAAAUUUGACCGAGCCGGUUUCGCCGACUGAUCCGGAUCUUUUGAUGCUCAAAGCACUGUCCGCAGCCAGUACACAUUGUUUACUUCAGUGCCUCGGACUACUCCAAAGACAUCAAGAGUUUGGGCCAGAUUCAAGGCUCGAGCAAAGCUUCUAGUCUCAUCGUCCUGUGGCACGUGACGGGUAUAAUCGCAACUCUUGUUAGCAGCCUAGCACGUUUGUUGCGUUGUGCAAACGGCAAUGUACAUUUCACAUCCCGCAAUGCCACACAGUUUAUUCGCUCCAUUCGAUACCCGUACGAUUAUUGGUAAACAUCUAGAAUAUUAUAAACUCAUCAAUUAUGUUUCAAAACCUU